UCAUGAGAUGCGACUCCUCCCAUCCACGCUCUAGCGACGCUUCUGGCGACCGCCAAUACCCACGUCAAAGCCUUGGGGGUCUCGACAGCCCCAUGUGCCCCUCGCAGCUCGCGCUACUGCAGGUGCUCUUCCUGAUGGUCCCCGAGGGCGGCCGGCCUCAGCCCUCCUCUUCCCCGUCAGAGGCAGUGCCCACCCCUUCGACCGUGGAGUCAAGGACGCAGGGCGGAACCCCUCAGUCCUCGGAGGGGCCUGAAACUCACUGGACCGUGCCUGAGAUCUCUACCGUGGGCCCUACUGUGGUGACCCCCUCGGCGCCUGGGAAUAGGACCGUGGACCUCUUCCCAGUCUUACCGAUCUGCGUCUGUGACUUGACUCCUGGUGCCUGCGAUAUAAAUUGCUGCUGCGACAGGGACUGCUAUCUUCUCCAUCCGAGGACAGUUUUCUCCUUCUGCCUUCCUGGCAGUGUGAGGUCUUCAAGCUGGGUGUGUGUGGACAACUCUCUUAUCUUCAGGAGUAAUUCUCCUUUUCCUUCGAGAGUUUUCAUGGAUUCAAAUGGAAUUAGACAGUUUUGUGUCCAUGUGAAUGACUCAAAAUUAAACUAUUUCCAGAAGCUCCAAAAGGUCAAUGCAACCAACUUCCAGGCCCUGGCUACAGAGUUUGGAGGCAGAUCAUUCACUUCAACAUUCCAAAACCAGUCGCCAGCACCUUUCUACAGGGCUGGGGACCCCAUUCUGACUUACUUCCCCAAGUGGUCUGUCAUAAGCUUACUGAGGCAGCCUGCAGGAGUUGGAGCUGGGGGCCUCUGUGCUGAGAGCAAUCCUGCCGGUUUCCUGGAAAGUAAAAGUACAACCUGUGCUCGUUUCUUCAAGAACCUGGCAAAUAGCUGUACCCUGGACCCAGCCCUCAAUGCUGCCUCCUACUAUAACUUCACAGUCUUGAAGGUUCCAAGAGGUAUGACUGAUCUGCAGAAUAUGAAGUUCCAGGUUCCUGUAACACUUGUCUCACAGUCACAGCCUGGCUCUCCUCUGUUGGCUGGAAACACUUGUCAGAAUGUUGUUUCCCAGGUCAUCUAUGAGAUAGAGACCAAUGGGACUUUGGGAAUCCAGAAAGUCUCUGUCAGUUUUGGACAGACGAACCUGACUGUUGAGCCAGGAACUGCCUUGCAGCAGCACUUCAUCACGCGCUUCAGGGCUUUUCCACAGAGCACAGCUGCUUUUCUUACUAGGCCUAGAAGUGGGAAUCCUGGCUAUAUUGUUGGGAAGCCGCUUUUGGCUCUAACCAGUGAUAUAAGGCACUCAAUGACCCUCCUGCAGAGCCAGGGUGAUGGAACUUGCUCUGUUAAGAGACACGAAGUACAGUUUGGAGUGAAUGCAAUAUCUGGAUGCAAGCACAGGCUAAGAAAGAUGGACUGCAGCCACUUGCAGCAGGAGAUUUAUCAGACGCUUCACGGAAGACCCAGACCAGAGCUUGUUGCCAUCUUUGGUAAUGCUGACCCAGCCCAGAAGGGAGAGUGGACCAGGAUCCUCAGCAGGAACUGCAGUGUUUCAGCUCUGCAUUGUACUUCCUGCUGUGUCAUACCCAUUGCCCUGGAGAUCCAAGUAUUGUGGGCAUAUAUAGGCCUCCAGUCCAACCCACAAGCUCAUGUGUCAGGAGCCCGAUUCCUGUAUCAAUGCCAGUCCAUACAGGAUUCCCAACAAGUAACAGAAGUAUCUUUGACAACUGUUGUGACCUUUGUGGACAUUACCCAGAAGCCAGAGCCUCCAAGGGGCCAACCCAGAAUGGACUGGAAAUUGCCAUUCGACUUCUUCCUUCCCUUCAAAGUGGCAUUCAGCAGAGGAGUCGACUCUCAAAAAGGCUCAAUCUCUCCCAUCCUUCUCCUGUGUCUCUUCCUACUUGGAGUUCUCAACCUAGAGACUAAGUGAAAAAAGGAGAAGAAUCAGACUUCACUUUUCCCUAUGGGAAGUUCUGAGGCAGCCUACUUACCUUGGCUAAAUAGGUCCUUACCUGCUCAUGACCGAAGAAGAGCACUUAGGAUAACAGAGAACCUAACUAAAGGAAUCUUUGUAUAUGAAAGAAGGAAUCUUAGAAAGCAGUAAAAAUAUCUUAUUCAAAAUAGCUCUCUGCUUAGGACUCUGCAGACCACCAGGUACACAUUAGGUUCUCUACUUCUCAAGCAAGGAAGAACAUAAGAGCCCUUCCUCCAGCCCUUCAGGUUGUGUUAUGCCUGACUAAAGGAUGGCAAGAUCUUCAUCCACCUGCUCACAGGCACACUUGGGCUCAACAUCAAAAGGAACACGCUCCUGCUGUCCCCCCAGGGAACUCGGGAAUAGCUGCCCUCUGGACUUGAGAGGAGCUGACUGUUCAGAAGAGAAAACUGCUGGCUAUAUAUUUUGUCUGGCUCCUCCCCACUCCCUUGAGCCACACUCUGCCCAGGCAUGUUGGAGAAAGCAAUUCUUCCUACUCAGUUUCCAAAAUGAAUGUGGAAUCCCAGCCCCCUUUUCUCCUAGCAUAUGACCCUACCACCCAUUUCUGCUCUUUCCUUCUCUCCAUUGUGGUGAGGAGAAAUAAAAUUGAUUGAGAGCUUUGCUGUUCGAAUUCCAGCAGCACAAAGAAGUUAACUGACAUGUGAUCUGCCUGAUGACUAUUUUUCUAUGUGUGUGAGGUUAAAAACAAAAAAAAAAACCUUUGAUACAUAGCACAGUAGCAUUCAAAUUAAGAUAGUGGAGUUCUCUUCCUGGGAGAUAAGACUCUCUGAAGACCCCAAUUGUCUGGCACUGACAUUAGUAAUGAGUUCAGCAUGAAAUCUGUUUUUUAGCAUAAGGCAAUGUCGGCUUACAAAGGGCUGUGUAUGUGGGCAUGGUUGGUCUCUACAUGCAUGACCAACUCAGAGAUUCUGGCUUGCAGAGAAAACUCCUUAAAAAGGUAAUUUCUUAUUAUCAUUCUUGGGUGGAGAGGAAUUGCUUGGGAAUUAUGAUAGAAAACUUGGAAAGCAGGAAGUAUAAAAAGGUUUAGGCCUACAGCAGAAUUAUGCUAUCCUUAUAAUUAAGGCAAAAUUUUGAUGGAAGAUUCAUUGUAUCUAAUUGUCUUAAACUUUUAAAUCCCUUAUAUAAAAAAUAGGAUGUAAUAAUUAAUUCCAUUGAAAAUAGUAUUGAGCACCUACUCUGAAACACAGAAUUGUAAGAUAACACCCCCUCAGUGAGCUGACAGUUUAGUGGAGGAAGAUUGACAUGUGACAUAGACACAUUUGUGCAGAGAAACAAUCAGUGUGGCCUAGACUAGUGAGGGACAAGCUUUGAGGAGGUGGUGGGAUUGGAUGGGUAGGAUUGGGAGAGUGAGUGAGAUAGAGAAAGUGAUCCCAGGAGCCAAGAACAACCUGAGCGUAGGCCCAGAGGCUCCUGUGGACCAGAGAGUUGGGAGACUAAAGUGACUGUAGCAGAAACACUGAAUGAGCAAAAUAGGUGCUAAGAUGGGUGCUCAAUAUAUGGACACUUGAAAGCCAGGCAGAGAGAAUUGGAAGAUAGUCUAUUUUUUUCCACAUUAAUGAUCUGGAUCUAAAAUUGCCAUUUAAUAAAGCUUAUACUUAGUUAUAAUAAACCCUGCUUCAUGAGCAGAAAAUGCCAAUUGUAAAUACCGUAUCUGACAGGUUUAUCAUUUUGCCCCAUUCCAAAGUACCUCGAAAGUAACCUACUUCCCUGGGAGAAAGUGGCAAAGUUCUUGUGGCAGUUAUUACUAAACAAGGAGGAGGUGCUUCUGUGCACAAGGGAGGUUUCUGCACAAGGGGAGUCGGGAGCUGAGAGACUGCUGGCAUGGUUCCCACCAGAGUCUGUAAUUCAGCAACCCUGCUUCCAGGGAGAUCUGUACUAAAACAGACCACAAAGCUGUUAGAGUAGUCAGGUUCUCCAGUUUGGGCUUCUUAAAGGGAAAUAAACUUACAUGACAACUCAUCCUAAAUUAUGGGGUAGGAGACAUCUAAUCCAUUCCCAACAGCCUAUGAGUCCUUUUCAAAAUCUAGUCCUUCUACUCCUUUAUUCAAAUGCUUAUCCCCACGCCCAAGUGCUAUGAAACCAUUUUAUGCGUUUAAACAGAAAUUGUAUCUGAAAUAUAAUUCAUGUACCAUAAAAUUCACCCUUUUAAAGUAUACAAUUCAGUGGUUUUUAGUAUAUUCAGUUAUCAUCACCACUAAUUCCAAGACAUUUUCAUCACCCUAAAAAGAAACCGUGUACUGAUUAGCAGUCACUUCCAUUUCCCCACUCCCCCUAGUUCCUAGCAGUCACUAAUCCACUUUGUGUCUCUAUAGAUUUUCCUAUUCUGGACAUCUCAUGUCAAUGGAAUCAUUGUAUGUGGCCUUUUGUGUCUGGCUUCUUAGCAUAAUGUUUUCAAGGUUCAUCCAUGCUAUAGCAUGUAUCAGUACUUCAUUCCUUUUUAUGGCUGAAUAAUAUUCCAUUGUGUGAGUAUACCACAUCUCAUUUAUCUGUUCAUCAGUUGACGGAUGUUUGAGUUCCUACUUCUUUGGCUAUUAUGAAUAAUGCUGCUAUAAACAUUAAUGUACAA